AUGGCAGCUGACUCAGACCCUCAGGUCUCGGACAAGAUCGAGUCCUCCGCCCCAACGAAAAUUCCAUACUGGCGAUUGGUCUUUGACCAAGGUGUCGUCACACAAGAGAUCAUCGACCACCCAUACCCCGGUUCAGGAACAGAUGAGGACCCUUUUGCAGUAACAUGGCUUCCCAACGACCCUCGCAAUCCCAUGAACUUUAGCGAGGUGAAGAAAUGGACUUUUACCAUGCUGGUCGCCGUCGCAACCUUGGCUGUUUCACUGGUGUCGUCUGCCUAUACCGGCGGUAUUCGAGAGAUUAUGGUGGAUUUUGACAUUGGACAAGAAGUUGCCACUCUCGGUGUUUCGCUUUUCGUUCUCGGUUUCGCGAUCGGACCUUUGCUCUGGGCUCCACUGAGUGAGCUGUUUGGUCGUCAAGUACUGUUCAUUGGUACCUACGCCGCCCUCACGGCAUUCAAUGCUGGUGUCGCAGGUUCCAGAAAUGCCUGGUCUAUCAUCAUCCUUCGCUUCUUCGCCGGUUCAUUUGGAUCUUCGCCUUUGACCAACGCCGGUGGUGUCAUUGCGGACAUGUUCCCCGCUAGACAGCGAGGUAUCGCUAUGAGCUUGUUCGCCGCUGCACCUUUCCUCGGCCCUAUCAUCGGCCCCAUCGCUGGUGGAUUCAUUGGUAUGAGUGACGGUGGCUGGCAAUGGGUCAUGGGUUUCCUUGCCGUCUUUGCUGGUACGGUUUGGAUUAUUGGCUCUCUGACCAUCCCCGAGACCUAUGCGCCCGUGCUACUCCGUCGCCGUGCGGAGAGACUGUCAAAGCUGUCAGGCCAGGUCUACCGGAGUAAGAUUGAAAUCGACCAAGGCAAGGUCUCUCUGAAGGACUCUUUCAAGGUGUCGCUCUCCCGCCCUUGGAUUCUGUUGUUCCAGGAGCCUAUUGUGUUCCUGCUGUCUCUCUACAUGGCUAUCGUUUACGGUACCUUGUAUAUGAUGUUCGCCGCUUUCCCCAUUGUCUACGAGCAGUCCCGUGGCUGGAACCAGGGUGUUAGUGGCCUCGCCUUCCUCGGGAUCAUGAUCGGAAUGUUGUCUGCCGUCAUCUACUCCCUCUUUGACAACAAGCGCUAUGUUGAGGUAUCCGACAGAUAUAAUGGCUUCGCACCCCCGGAGGCACGUCUUCCGCCUUGCCUCGUCGCAUCCGUCGCAAUCCCAGUCGGUCUAUUCUGGUUCGCAUGGACUAACUACCCCUCAAUCCACUUCAUGGUCAGCAUCGCAGCCGGCGUUCCCUUUGGCUUCGGAAUGGUCCUAGUCUUCCUCAGCAUCAUGAACUACCUCAUUGACUCAUACACCAUCUUCGCCGCCUCCGUGCUAGCCGCCAACUCCGUUAUCCGUUCCCUAUUCGGUGCCGCUUUCCCUCUCUUCACCACCUACAUGUACAACAACCUGGGUAUCCACUGGGCCUCAUCGAUCCCGGCCUUCCUGGCGCUCGCCUGUGUGCCCUUCCCAUUCCUGUUCUACAAAUACGGACCCGCGAUCCGCACCCGUUGCAAGUUCGCCGCCCAGUCCGAGGCAUUCAUGCGCAAGAUCCAGGAACAGGCCAUUCCAGAACCGAUGGAAGAUGAGAAGGAGGAAUACGACCGCACAGAAGCUCUGCCCGACGGUUCACUCUCCAGCGAAUCCCAGGACGGCGUUGAAGAACUUGCUAAUACGGAGCGCAUUCGCAGCCGUGCGCACUCCCUUGCUUCUAUUCGCACUGGUGCCUCGUUGGCUCGCUCGGUUACGUAUGAGGGAAAUCCUUACGAUAUCGACCGUGUCAACACCCGUGAAUCCUUCAAGCAAUAG